GGAUUCUUUGAGGAUGAAGAUGGAAAGGAAUAUAUCUAUAAAGAGCCUAAACUCACGCCUCUCUCAGAAAUUUCCCAAAGACUCCAAAAACUCUACUCUGACAAAUUUGGAUCUGAAAAUGUCAAAAUGAUUCAGGAUUCUGGCAAAGUAAAUCCUAAGGAUUUAGAUUCAAAAUAUGCAUAUAUUCAAGUUACACAUGUAGUUCCAUACUUUGAAGAAAAAGAGUUGCAAGAAAGAAAAACAGAUUUUGAAAGGACUCAUAACAUUCGACGCUUUAUGUUUGAGAUGCCUUUUACUCAAGCUGGUAAAAGACAAGGAGGAGUAGAAGAACAGUGUAAGCGACGGACUAUUUUGACAGCUAUACAUUGUUUCCCGUAUGUGAAAAAGCGCAUUCCAGUAAUGUACCAGCACCAUACUGAUUUAAACCCCAUUGAAGUAGCCAUUGAUGAAAUGAGUAAAAAAGUUGCAGAACUCAGGCAGCUCUGCUCUUCAGCUGAAGUGGAUAUGAUCAAAUUGCAACUGAAGCUACAGGGAAGUGUCAGUGUUCAGGUUAAUGCUGGUCCAUUAGCAUAUGCAAGAGCUUUCUUAGAUGACACAAACACCAAAAGAUAUCCAGACAAUAAAGUAAAGCUACUAAAGGAAGUUUUUAGGCAAUUUGUUGAAGCUUGUGGGCAUGCUCUGGGUGUAAACGAGCGACUAAUAAAGGAAGAUCAGUUGGAAUAUCAAGAAGAAAUGAAGGCAAACUACAGAGAAAUGGCAAAAGAGCUUUCUGAAAUAAUGCAUGAACAG